GCUCCUCAUCUUCCAUCCCCAGGCAUUACUGCCUCGGCGCCGCCUGUCCCAAUCACCCUCCCUUGCCCCUCUCCUUCUAUCCCAACCCUUCUACACUCCUUAUCCUUUCCACAGCCGUCGUCGCUCGCUUAUCAAAGACGGAGUACCUGACCUUCCAACAUCGAACCCUUGUUCAAUCGCCACAAAAUGUCUUCCCCACCCCAACUUCGUGAUGUCGCCCAGCAUCUUCUGUUUGAAUGCGCUUGGGAGGUUGCCAACAAGGUCGGAGGCAUCUACACCGUCAUCAAGACGAAAGUCCCUGUGACAGUUUCCGAGUAUGGCGAUCGAUACACCCUCAUUGGCCCACUCUCGUACAAGACCGCCCCGAUGGAGGUCGAAGCAGAAGAACCAACGGACCCACACGUAGCAUCUACGCUAGCUGUGAUGCGCGAACGAGGUGUAAAGGUCCUCCACGGUCGGUGGCUCGUUGAAGGCUCGCCCAAGGUCAUCCUGUUCGAUACCGGUAGCAAGUACGACAUGCUCGAUGAGUGGAAGGGUGAUUUGUGGAACCUUGCUGGCAUCCCCACACCCCCCAACGACCACGAAACGAACGAGACGAUCAUCUUUGGGUAUCUGGUUGCAUGGUUUUUGGGCGAGUAUGUAUCCCGCCAAGUGGAGAGAGCCGUCGUGGCACACUUCCACGAGUGGCAAGCCGGGCUGGCCAUUCCUCUGUGCCGGAAACGCCAUAUCGAUGUGACAACCGUCUUCACGACGCACGCUACACUGCUCGGUCGUUAUCUCUGUGCCGGCAGCGUCGAUUUCUACAACAACCUACAGUACUUCGAUGUUGAUCAUGAGGCUGGCAAGCGUGGGAUCUAUCACAGGUAUUGUAUUGAACGGUCCGCAACGCACUGCGCCGAUGUGUUCACGACUGUGUCACAUAUCACUGCCUACGAGUCUGAGCACUUGCUCAAACGCAAGCCUGAUGGUGUGCUGCCCAACGGCUUGAACGUCGUCAAGUUCUCCGCAUUGCACGAGUUCCAGAAUCUCCACGCAACAGCCAAGGCAAAGAUCAAUGACUUUGUUCGCGGCCACUUCUACGGUCACUACGAUUUUGACCUUGACAACACCCUUUACCUCUUCACCGCCGGUCGAUACGAGUACCGCAACAAAGGUGUUGACCUCUUUAUUGAAGGUCUAGCACGCUUGAACUAUCGUCUGCAAAAGGCGGGUUCGAAGGUUACUGUCGUCGCUUUCAUUAUUAUGCCCGCCCCAACACAUUCGUACACCAUCGAGGCGCUCAAGGGCCAAGCUGUUACCAAGCAACUCCGAGACACUGUUACAGAGAUCCAAAACCGCAUCGGUAACCGCAUCUUUGAGCAUGCAGCGAGGUAUACCGGCGAGCAUGGGACAGAAGUACCGAAGGCUGAGGAUCUUCUAUCGGACGAGGACAAGAUCCUUCUCAAGCGUCGCGUGUUUGCGCUCAAGAGGAACAGUUUGCCCCCUGUUACCACCCACAAUAUGGCCGACGAUAACAAUGAUCCGAUCUUGAAUCAAAUUCGUCGUGUUCAAUUGUUUAACAACCACUACGACCGUGUCAAGGUCAUCUUCCACCCCGAAUUCUUGAAUUCGAAUAACCCCAUCCUUGGCUUGGACUAUGAGGAAUUCGUCCGUGGUUGUCAUAUGGGUGUCUUCCCAAGUUACUACGAGCCCUGGGGCUAUACGCCAGCGGAGUGCACGGUCAUGGGCAUUCCAUCCAUCACAACCAACCUUUCUGGAUUCGGUUCUUUCAUGGAGGACAUGCUUGAGCACGCAGAGGACGAGGGUUGCUACAUCAUCGACCGUCGUAUGAGAUCGAUCGAGGACUCUGUCAACCAGCUCUCCGAUUUCUUAUACACUUUCGCCACAAAGACCCGUCGGCAGCGUAUCAACCAACGCAACCGCGUGGAGCGCCUCUCCCCUCUUCUCGAUUGGAAGAACCUAGGCAUCGAGUACUCGAAGGCCCGCCAGCUUGCUCUGCGUCGUGCAUAUCCUGACUCGUUCAAUGAGGACGACUACUUCGACUUCGAUUCCCAUGUCAACAAGCAGGCAUUUUCCGUGCCUGGUAGCCCGAGGUUCAAGCCUGGCAACAUGACGCCUGGCGAUAUCGGCACGCUCACGGAGGAGAUGCAACGCUUGGGCACCAGUGAUUACCGUGGGGCUCCACAGUGGCCGCACCUGUCAAAGGCGGACGAGGAUGAGGACAGCUAUCCAUUCCCGCUCGUUCUCAAGGUCCGCAGUCGUGCGUCAUCCAUCAUGUCCGGAUCAAGCACUCCUGGUGGCGGCUUCAAUAGAACUCUCAGUGAAGGCGACCUCAAGCGCGCUGAUGAGGCUCUCAGCCAUCACCAGCCUAAUGGGAGUGCUAACAGCAACGGCAUUCCGAUGCCCAACGGCCACUGAUAAGGGAAUAAUCUUAGUCCCUCUCAAAAUGUUUUCUUUUUAAUAUUCUUCGGCCUACUCUAAAAAGAACAUCAUUCAGUAACAGCUGUUGCUUUGCUGUAACGAUUGGUCUCUCAAUAGUAUGUUGAAUUGCCGUUCUUUCAAUCUUCGAAAAUCCUCGCCCUGUCCAUUGUAAAAUCGAAGCAUUCCCAUCACAAACCACGUACGAGGCUGUAUAUAGUUUUACCAAGCUAAGUAGAUGUUGGUAGCGGAAAUACUAUGCGCUUUAUCCCUU